AUGGGCCUUUCGUCUCUCAAAAUAAUGCAACUUAUCGCCUUUCUUCUUCUUGUAGGGAUGUGGUCUUCAGGAGUUACAUGCCGCAUGUUAAGUGAUUUAUCCAUCUCUGAGAGACAUGAGCUGUGGAUGGUACGCUAUGGACGUGUGUACCAGGAUGACGCAGAGAAGAAAAUGCGCUUCAACAUAUUCAAGGACAAUGUAGAAUUCAUUGAAUCCUUCAAUAGUGCUGAAAACCAGCCUUACAAACUAGCGAUUAACAAAUUUGCAGACCAAACGAAUGAAGAGUUCAAAGCCGCUCGUAAUGGAUAUAAGUUUUCAUCAAACAAAAGAUCAGCAAGAACAACACCUUUUAGGUAUGAAAACGUGACUGCCGUGCCACCUAGCAUGGAUUGGAGAAAGAAAGGAGCUGUUACCCCAGUUAAAGAUCAAGGCCAAUGUGGAAGCUGUUGGGCAUUUUCAACUAUCGCUGCAACGGAAGGAAUUACUCAGCUCACAACUGGAAAACUAAUUUCACUGUCUGAGCAAGAGCUAGUGGACUGUGACAGGAGUGGUGUAGAUCAAGGAUGUGAUGGUGGCGAGAUGGAAGAUGGCUUUGAGUUUAUCGUUAAAAACAAAGGCAUCAACACCGAGGUGGCUUACCCAUAUCAGGCAGCAGAUGGAACCUGCAACACCAAGGAAGAAGCUGUCCAUGCUGCCACCAUUACUGGGUAUGAAAAAGUGCCAGCCAACAGUGAAUCCGCAUUGUUACAGGCAGUCGCCAAUCAGCCCAUAUCAGUUUCCAUUGACGCCAGUGGCAUGGGUUUCCAGUUCUAUUCAGGUGGCGUGUUUACUGGGGAUUGUGGAACUGAUCUAGACCAUGGUGUUACAGCAGUUGGAUAUGGAGUAACCGAUGAUGGAAUGAAGUACUGGUUGGUAAAAAAUUCGUGGGGUGCCAGCUGGGGGGAUAGUGGAUACAUAAUGAUGCAAAGAGAUGUUAGUGCCAAAGAAGGUCUAUGUGGAAUAGCUAUGGAUUCAUCGUAUCCAACUGCUUAG